AUGUGGGAACAGGUGGAAGAAGCGAGAAAGGGCAUGAACUUCAUCAAUCGAGUUCUUGAGGAUCUGACAGCAGAAUGUUUUGCAGAAGUACCAAGAACUCGAGACAACAAAUCUGAUGCUAAUGGAGAAGGUAAAAGACAAUCCGAGGACAAGGAUGGAGAUGGCUUUUCUGUGUCCCUGAAUGUCCAGCACUUCCCCCCAGAAGACCUGAGGGUGAAAGUAUUUGGAAGAAAAGUGCUGGUGACAGGAAAACACGAGAAGAAAUGUGAUGAUGGCAGCGGCUGUUACAGCUACAAAUAUGAAGAGUUCAGGAGAGAAUUCCAGCUGCCAGAGGAUGUCGAUGCUGAAGCUCUUCGAUGCUGUUUGUCACAGGACGGUCAGUUAAAGGUUCAAGCCCCGCGCCUGGCACUGCCAGCUGUGAAUGAACGGACCGUCCCCAUCAACAUCACCUCGGAGACAACAACCACUCCCCGGCUCAAUCCUGACCAAGAGGCAGGGAAACAGGAGAGUGGGAAGUCUGUGGGGAUCAAGAAAGAGAUAGGAAAAAUGGGCAUUUAA